CCGCCCACUUGUCGUAGCUCCCGGUCAUGGAAGAGGGACGGAUCUGCUGGUGGCCAUAGUGGUCCCAGCAGUUCGUGCAUCUGUUGUCGUAUUUCUUCUAGCGAAGGCAUAGGCUUUACGCGUAGUGGUUGCCAAUCCUUCGAUGCCCCGGGUAUUCUUGGCUCGUCCAAAAAAGCAUCAUUGAAAGAAGGUACCGAGCUGGGCCCUGCCUCAACUGCUUCUCCAAAGUCCUCAAAAUCUCCAAAAUCGUCAUCCCCCUCAUCACCGGAGGCAGCAAUUGUCUCUGCAGGAGUACCAAAAUCAUCGAAGUCGUUGACGCUAUCUUGCGGGCUGGACAGUGCAGGAGAGAAUGAUGGUGGUUUGAGAACUGGCGGAAGCGUUGGUGUUGCUGUUGGUGAGUCGGUGCUGCCCCAUACAGAGGCCCCAAAUGAAAGGUCGUCGUCCAUUGGUAAGUCAAUGAUGUCGUGAAGUCGAGGGAGAAAUGAGGAUGCCAAGUCGAUCGCGCCGGUUUGCAGUGCCUAAUAUUCGAUAGGGCGCUUAGUACCAUUGUGCAUGUCUUCUGCAGAAGAUAUUCUCCUUUUCGACUUACCUGGCUCAAAGGAACCUCGGACAACAAGAAAACUUCACAUUCGCAGGCUUUAUGAUAUCUUACAGCUCUGUAUCUUGCGACAGGAUUUCGUCCGAGCUCGCAAAGCAUGGGCGAUCCUAGUGCGCUGCAAGGAAGUGCACUGGAAAGCACUUUGGAAGACAGGCGUAUUACUCUUGGGAGGAGUCGACGAUGAACCCGACCACGAACAAGAGAAUGGGCGAAGAAUAGACUAUCUUUAUGCCAUGAUGCGGCUGCAGAAGUCUCACGAUCGAGAGUCUGUUCUCCAAGAACUCAUAUUGCGUCUCAUCAAAUCCGGUCAGCAUAGGAAAGCACUUGAUGAACUGGAGUUGUAUCUUCCCUCUCCGCCCUACGAGGACAACCCUAUCUUACACAUAUACGCUGGACUUCUCUGCCUCUAUCUCUCUCAGGGGCAACAAGAUUCUGACAUUCAGUAUGAUGAUCGUCAAGCCGAAUUAAACGCAAGUAUGCUUCGUGAUGCCCAAGUCUUCUUCGAACGGGCGAGGGUCCUAGAUCCAGAAAAUGAGUUCGCAUCUAGUUGGAUCGAAAGGAUCCCGUCUCUGUCACAGCAACAAAGCAAUGACCGCCGAGAUACCCCAGAUUCUGACGAAGAGGGCGAAACCAUCACAACUGACAACAGUGGCCAACGGACUAAACGCAUACGCCGAGAGGAAACGUCACAUUCUGUAAGAUUGGGAUAAAGGUCUAUCCAUACUUUUUUCACCCUUGACUCGAACGCAAUGUGCCUUCACAUCAUCUACUCCAGCUCGGAGUCGGAUUCUACAUCAAUGGUUGGCAUAGGUUCAUCCUCGUCUUCGUCAUCCACCACCAUCCUGCUACUUGAAACAGGUGGUGUAGCUUGCGCAAUCGAGGCUGUUGUGGAGGUAUUCGCACUAGAUCUUGUUAGUGAUGAGUCAUUAGCUUUUGGUAUUGACGCUGAGGUUGGAGGAGGUUGAAAAGAAGCAGUCGAGGGAGUGACGGCUGGUGCAGGAACGGCAGGCUGAAUGACUUGAAGAGCAGCUCGGGGAGGGGCCUGUACAACAGACAUUGAAGGACCUGAUGGAACGGUCGGAACAGUCACAGGCACAACAUGAUUUGUCGGGGGUGCGAUAUGCGAACUGGAGAUCAAUUGAAUAUCCAUCGCAACAUCAGGCUCCUGGGUCGCCGCUGCUAGUUCACCCGGAACACCGAUUUGUAGUGUGUGACGCGCCUCUUGCUCCUCUUGACUUUCUUCCGCUUGGAAGAGAGAUAGAGUCUCGAUGUGUGGAAGUGAUCUAACAAGCGGCGGCGCUCGAGGGUGUAAAAGGAGCUCGAGUUCUCUUGUGACACCCUAUGUAAUGGGAAUACAUGUCAAUGAUGUAGGCAGUACUUUGUGUGAAGGGAUGAACGUACAGAUGAUGUAGGA